AGAUACAGGUCCCACGACAAUGAGGACGUACAUAAACCCGUUCCGAUAUUGCGCGUCUCCUUCACAUGAAAAGUUGAACUCUCCGCUCCUUACUAACACCUUCACUCACUUCGCUUCACCUUCGUUUUUUUUCUGUAUCACCACCGCCCACCCCGACACUCCCUCGAUGCCAGUCAUAAGUUGCGCAAACUACAUCUUCGACAAAUGCAACCCUCGCGAUAAGUUCGCCAGGACUCACGUGCCUCUCUUCGCGUCAUUGCUCGAGGACUUCAAUGAACGGUGUUCUGAAAAGAGCUUCUUAGAUGAAGAUCCUGCGCUCUCCGGCUGGCCGCCACGGCCUCCGACUCCCGAGGGGUGGAGAUCCUCAAAACAUCAGUCGACGACCUCCGUCCGGACGCGGAGCAGCUGCGACCAGCCAAGAACUGCUCACUCUACGCGGACGACGACGACCAUGGAUGUGUUGCAACGUCCCCUUCGGAACGUCGAACUCGACCCUGAUUCUCUUGACUUCCUGAACCUCCAACCUCCUCCUUCAGCGGUUCCCUCCGUUGGAUGCCUGACGACGACAGACACUGUAGACACGUCUAGGUCUUAUCAUCCUAUCCAGCCUCAGUAUCGAGAACGGCAUGCCGUAUACUACGACCGCCACGAGAAAGCGCAAGACGACGAUCUAUUCCAUGACUGGGACGAGGAUUACUCGGCCAUCGGAGGUAAAAUCAAGCCAUCGGAACUUCAGACUCGCUCUGCACUAACGAGUUCCAUCUCGCUGUUCUGCAAACCAGUGGACGCGAUCUACGCGGACAUGGAGUCCCGCAUGCUCUAUCACAACCCUAAAGAGUCUGUGCACUUCUUCCCCAUCCCGGUUCAGCGCACCGAACGCGAACGUCGAAGCUCAGAAUCUUCCCGCACGGUAAUCUCCCGUUCAUCGUCGAGGAGCACGCUGCGGCGUAUCACCGGUCGAGACAGAUCAAAAUCCGAUAGCUGAAUACAUCUUUUGUGUAGGUUAUGCUUCUGUUUUCAUUUCCGCUCAUGUUUCUUGUUUGGAUGUAUCGUCCUUGUUCUUGGAGGAUCACGCUGCUUGUUUGUUGUUCAUCAUGAUCUAUUCAUUCCCUCCUUGCAUCAUUAUCAAUUCAGCAUCACUUAAUGCUUUCUGCACCUUUUCUACUAUGUACGCCCGUUUUGUUUUGUAGCGUUGUAAUCGCCUCAGCAGGCUUUGCUGCCUAGAAUGUAGCAGUCCUAACGAGUAAAAGGAGUUCCCGUUGCC